CGAUAAAGCAAUACGCAGGCUGCAUUGUACAUUUUUAUAUUUUGAUGAAGAUGGUGAUAUUUUGAUUGUAUAAGGGUGAAAAAGUAAUUAAGCACAAGUUCUGUGAGUGUAGAGCCAACCUCACACUUCUCAGCACCAAUUGCAUCUCUCACUUCUGCCUUCGGCUGUAUUUUGCAGAGUUGUUGAUUCCUUGGUUUCCAAAGAAAACAUGAUUGUAGUUGAGGCGUUUCUGUCUUCCUUGUUUGAGGUGGUGCUGGACAAGCUGGUGGUCACCCCUUUGUUAGAGUAUGCACGGCGGCUGAAAGUCGACACAACACCACUCCAGGACUGGAAGACGACUUUGUUGCAAAUCAAAUCAGUGCUGCAUGAUGCUGAGCAGAAACAGAUUCAGGAUGAUGCGGUGAUGGGGUGGUUGGAUGAUCUCAAAGCUUUAGCUUGCGACAUUGAAGAUGUCCUGGACGAAAUUGACACCGAAGCUAAGCGAUGCAGUUUGGUACAAGGACCUCAAACCAGCAACAGCAAGGUACGGAAGCUCAUCCCUUCUUUUCAUCAUAGCAGUUUCAAUAAGAAGAUUUGUAAAAAGAUGAAGACAAUCACCAAGGAGUUAGAUGCUAUUGUAAAGCAAAAGACUGUCCUUGGUUUGAGAGAGGUUUUUGGAGAGGGGCCAUCGGACCACAGGAGAGACCGUCAUGAAGGGGUGUCAUCUGUCAAUCAAGAAAGGCGGACUACUUGUCUUGUAACAGAGUCUGAGGUUUAUGGUAGGGGGGCCGAUAAGGAGAAGAUCAUGGAGUUAUUGCUAUCAGAUGAAGUAGGUACUGCUCGUGAAGUUCAGGUGAUUCCAAUUGUUGGUAUGGGUGGGGUUGGAAAAACAACCCUUGCUCAGAUUAUCUAUAACGACAAGAGGGUGGAGAAAAAUUUCCAAAUCCGUGGCUGGGCAUACGUAUCUGAUCAGUUUCAUUCAGUAAAAGUAACCCAACAAAUUUUAGAGUCUGUCUCCGGUCGUUCAUCUGAUUCUGACGACUUACAGUUGCUACAACAGAGUUUGCAGAAAAAGUUGAAACGAAAAAGGUUUUUCCUUGUAUUGGAUGAUAUAUGGAUCGAGAACCCCAAUACCUGGAGUGAUUUACAAGCUCCACUAAAAGACGGAGCAGCAGGCAGUGUCAUCAUGGUAACCACUCGUUCUAAAAGUGUUGCAUCCAUCAUGUGCACUACUCCUAUUCAGCCUCUUAGUGAACUUUCUGAGGAAGAUUGCAGGUCACUAUUUGCACAUAUUGCCUUUGUAAACAUAACUCCAGAUGCGCGCCAAAACUUGGAACCUAUUGGCAGAAAAAUAAUAACCAAAUGCAAAGGUUUGCCUUUGGCUGUAAAGACAUUGGCAGGUCUGUUGCGUUGUAAUCAAGACGACAAGGCUUGGAAGAAGAUGCUGAAUGACGAAAUAUGGGAUUUACCGCCUCAGAAGAGUAGCAUUCUUCCAGCUCUUCGCUUGAGCUACCAUUAUCUCCCCUCUAAAUUGAAGCAAUGCUUUGCAUAUUGCUCCAUCUUUCCCAAGAAUUAUGAGUUUAACAAGGAGGAGUUAAUUUUAUUAUGGGUGGCACAAGGUUUUUUGGGUGGCUUAAAAAGAGGGGAGACAAUAAAAGAUGUUGGCCAAACAUGUUUUGAUGACCUAUUAUCAAGGUCGUUCUUUCAACAAUCUGGUGGGAAUAAUUCAUUGUUUGUGAUGCAUGAUUUGAUUCAUGAUGUGGCGCGAUUUGUAUCUAGAAAUUUUUGUUUAAGAUUGGACGUUGAAAAGCAAGACAAUAUUUCAGAGAGGACUCGACAUAUAUCAUACAUUCGUGAGGAAUUCGAUGUCUCCAAGAGAUUUGAUGCCCUUCGUAAAACUAAUAAGUUACGAACGUUCCUACCAUCAAGUAUGCCUCGUUAUGUUUCAACUUGCUACUUUGCUGAUAAAGUCUUAUGUGAUCUAUUGCCAAAAUUAGUAUGUUUGCGGGUUUUAUCCUUGUCUCACUAUAAUAUCACUCAUUUGCCUGAUUCAUUUGGGAAUUUAAAACAUUUACGCUAUUUGAACCUUUCUAACACCAGGGUACAAAAGUUACCUAAAUCAAUAGGUAUGCUUUUGAAUUUGCAAUCACUGGUGUUGUCAAAUUGUCGUGGGCUUACCGAGUUGCCAAUUGAAAUUGUAAAACUCAUCAACUUGCUUCAUUUGGAUAUUUCUAGAACAAAUAUACAACAGAUGCCACCAGGAAUUAACAGACUAAAAGAUCUUCAGAGAUUGACCACUUUUGUUGUUGGUGAGCAUGGUUGCGCAAGAGUUAAGGAGUUAGGAGACCUUUCACACCUACAAGGAUCACUCUCCAUUUUAAACUUGCAGAAUGUACCGGUGAAUGGUAACGAUGCUUUAGAGGCUAAUUUGAAGGAAAAGGAAGACCUCGAUGCCUUGGUGUUUACAUGGGAUCCGAAUGCAAUUAAUAGUGAUUUGGAGAAUCAAACCAGAGUUCUCGAAAACCUUCAACCUCAUAACAAGGUGAAAAGGUUGAGCAUUGAAUGCUUCUAUGGUGCAAAAUUUCCAAUUUGGUUAGGAAAUCCUUCAUUCAUGAAUUUAGUUUUCUUACGACUUAAAGAUUGUAAAAGUUGCUCAUCCUUGCCACCACUGGGGCAGUUACGGUCUCUCAAGGAUCUCUAUAUUGUGAAGAUGGAUAGAGUACAGAAGGUUGGUGCAGAGUUGUAUGGGAAUAAUGGUUGUGGUUCAUCUUCAAUUAAGCCAUUUGGAUCUUUAGCGAUUCUGUGGUUUCAAGAGAUGUUAGAGUGGGAGGAAUGGGUGUGUUCUGAAGUUGAGUUCCCUUGUCUAAAGGAGCUUCAUAUUGUAAAAUGUCCAAAGCUGAAAGGGGAUAUACCUAAGUACCUUCCUCAACUAACAGAUCUUGAGAUUAGUGAAUGUUGGCAGUUGGUGUGUUGUCUUCCAAUAGCUCCCUCCAUUUGUGAAUUGAUGUUGAAUAAAUGUGAUGAUGUGAUGGUUAGAAGUGUGGGCAGCCUUACUUCACUAACUUCCUUGGGUCUAAGUGAUGUAUGUAAAAUACCAGUUGAAUUGGGACUACUACAUUCUCUUGGAGAGUUGUCUGUGUAUGGUUGUUCAGAGCUAGAGGAAUUGCCAACUAUUCUUCACAACCUGACUUCUCUUAAACACUUGGAAAUAUACCCAGAUGACAGUCUUUCGUCUUUUACGGAUAUUGGGCUGCCACCCGUGCUUGAAACCCUUGGAAUUGGACGCUGGCCCUUUCUGGAGUACCUACCAGAGGGAAUGAUGCAAAAUAAUACUACUCUCCAACACUUGCAUAUCUUAGAGUGUGGUUCUCUGAGGUCCUUGCCGGGGGACAUUAUUAGUUCAUUGAAAAGCCUUUUUAUCGAGGGUUGUAAGAAAUUGGAGUUACCAGUGCCUGAGGAUAUGACGCACAACUACUACGCUUCCCUUGCGCAUUUAGUAAUAGAAGAGAGUUGUGAUUCUUUCACGCCCUUUCCAUUAGCCUUCUUCACAAAGCUUGAGAUUCUUUAUAUCCGAAGUCAUGAAAAUCUGGAGUCCCUUUACAUUCCAGAUGGACCUCACCAUGUGGAUCUCACAUCUCUUCAGGUCAUCUACAUCGACAAUUGCCCUAAUCUGGUAGCUUUUCCACAAGGAGGAUUGCCUACUCCUAACCUCAGAUAUCUUACAAUAAUCAAGUGCGAGAAGCUCAAGUCCCUACCCCAAGGGAUGCAAACCCUCCUUACAUCCCUUGAACAAUUGACUGUAUGCUAUUGUCCAGAAAUUGAUUCAUUUCCAGAAGGGGGUUUGCCCUCCAAUCUAUCUUCGCUUUAUAUAUGGGAUUGCUACAAACUCAUGGCCUGUGAGAUGAAGCAAGGCUUACAAACGCUUUCCUUUCUUACAUGGCUCUCUGUUAAAGGAUCUAAAGAAGAGAGAUUGGAGUCAUUUCCAGAGGAGUGGCUACUGCCCUCCACUCUUCCCUCUCUUGAAAUUGGCUGUUUUCCAAAACUCAAAUCCUUGGAUAAUAUGGGGCUUCAACACCUCACGUCUCUUGAAAGAUUGACGAUAGAGGAGUGUAAUGAGCUCGAUUCUUUUCCGAAACAGGGGCUGCCCUCUUCCCUUUCUCGUCUUUAUAUUAGAAAGUGUCCUCGGCUAAAGAUAGAGUGCCAAAGAGAUAAAGGGAAAGAAUGGCCCAAGAUUUCUCGCAUCCCCUGCAUAGUAUUAGAAAGACGUGAUGUGAAAGAUGAGGAGGUGAUCUUGGCAUGAGGCCCUUGCAUCCAAGCACAUGCUUUUCUCUACCAUUACUCAUUCAGUAUGCUUAAAAGGAGGGAAGAAAUGGAAAGAUCGACUCGGGAAAGCCUGAGUAGACAAAUCAUCCUUUCAUAAAUAUUACAAUUCAGAUCUUUGGAAUGGUUAGAAGUAAUGAAGGUUUGAACAAAAUAUAUUUGUAGCUACAGAGUAGUCUAUCUUUACAUAGGAAUAAGGAAAAACCAUGGAUUUCAAAUACUCUGAAUUUAAUAGUUAUCAGUAGAUAAUGCAUGGACUUUCCUUCAGAACUAUGGAGGUAUGUUGUUUGGUUUGGAAAGAGCUCAGGCAUGGUAGAGGGAUUCCCUUCUUGGUUCGUGGGCUCAUUAAAUGAUAUGUAACUAGAUGAGAUAAUCAUCUAUCAUGACAUUAAUUCUUAUAUAUAUGUUUUUUAAAUUAUCUACAGGUUGAUGUUGGAUAGAUUUUGAAUUUGACCAAAAAUGUUCAAAGGUGUGGUCUCUGAUUCAGGCCACUAAAUGAGUUGUUAACAAAAACAGUAUCUUGGAAAGUAAAGAUUCAUGCUAACUUUCAAACUUAAUUGUUGUUCACAUCAAACUGGAGAUAAGAGUUUGCUCAUUGAAUUUUAAUGUUGCUGGCUUCUGGUGAAAGAGCAAUGUUUUUGGCUAGCAAAAAGGCUUUACUACUAUAGUUGUUCUGCUUUGCUGGAGUUUUAUGUCAGACUACAUGCUGCAAGGGACGAAAACACUCCUCACACCCCUCUAACAAUCCCAGACAGAGUUACCAUGAUAAGCUAUUAAAACCUAUGUCCAUCUUCAUGCUAUGCAGCUUCCUCUAUGGCAUCACUGAAUAAUUUGUUCUUUUGGUACUUGAAUGGAGCUGGUAGUUGGAAGUUGAUGUCAAAUCACCAAGACCCAAAAAUAUAUGGAUGCUAUACGCAUUGUAUAGUCUUUUCACUUCUCCCCUGUCUUGCAUGGCACUUGGGUGGAAGUUGGACAGAUUUCUGCUGCCUUCCUAAGUUCUGUGAACAAGACACAUCUUUUAGAUUUGGAAAGGCAAAUCCCUACUCUCCAACCCUAUGAACAAAACUAAUUGUGUUAGGAUUAACAGAAAAUGUUCAGGGAUGGGAUCUUUGAUUAUGUGAAAGACAGAGUGUGCUCUGAACAAAAAAAAGAAUCUUUGGAAGGCUUCUGGUGUAAAUACAAAUUUCUUGGGUGUCAAAUAAGCUUUGCUGCUUUAAUUGAUCUAUGUCUCUGGAGUUUCAUGCCUGACUUUGUGUGGCAGGGGACCAAAACAUUCUUCCUGCCCUUUGAAGAAGCCCAAACAGAGUUACCCUGAUCAGGAUGUGAAUGAGUGAAGACUUUGGUCCUGAAAGUGUUGCAAAUGUGGUGAAGAAUCACUAACACUCUAAUUUGGGACUAUAAAACCGUUCAUGUCAUGAAGAAUUUUCUAUGCCUGAGUGCAUACUAUCUUGUUAUUGAUAUAGGAGGUUCUCCACCAAAAGACUCCAAAUGGAAAGAUCUACCUGGUAAAGCCUUUGUAGAGAACUUGGUGGCUAUCAGAAAAGUUUUCAGUACUACUAUAGUUGUUCUGUUUUGUUGGGGUUUUGUCAGACCAUGUGCUGUAAGAGAACAAAAACUUUCUCCAACCCCUUUCAGAAGCUUAUACCAAACAUGAACAGUCCCCAUGGCACAGUAAGAUCUUUGAAUCCUUGAUACGUACAUGGAUGCGUAAGUGGAAAUCUGGAGGUCUCAAAGGUGAUGCAAACACGUUGCAGAAUCACUGGUGGAGAUGUGGUGGGAUCAGAACUUGCAAUGCUACCCCUGAAUGUGAAAGAGUAAGGAAUGGCAGCAAAAGCCCUCUCCUUGGUUACCAAGUUCAUGUAUCAAAUCAAGUGGAUGAUGAUCUCACCACCACCCCGGAAGACUUCUUGUUUCACCCAGAACUGUUCGCAUGCCCAGUUCUUCGGUCUCUAAACUGUAAACAUAUGAAAGAUGUUUCCCAAUAUCUGUUGUGCUCAAAAGGCAUCUUAAGCAAGACCUACAAUUUUGCUGCAUAGAAAAUUAACUUGGUGUCAGGUCAAGUAAACAUUAUCUUAGUGAACUUAAUGAUUUUUUAUUUUUUAUUUUUAGUUAUCAUUCUUCA